UCCUUGUAUUAAAGCAUCUCUGCUCCGUUUAGCUUGUGCUUAAGAUGCUCAGGACCUUCAACCAACUUAUCUAAUAAACAAUAUCGUUGCAGCUUUUUGCCAAAUCCCUACUCUUUUUAAAGGGAAAAACUGGCCGGUGAGGAUGGGCGGCGUUCAAAGCUUCAGGCAGCUGUGUGACCGGCCAAAAAACACCAAUGUCCGCAUCAGUCUGCCGGUGGUCUGCACAGUGUGGCAGCUGGCCAUGAUCAUCUUGUUUGGGGUUUUUAUUCGAUAUGACAUAGAGGCAGACCCUCACUGGAUAGACUACAGAAAAGCUAACAACAUAUCCAGUGACAUAGAGAACGACUUCUACUACAGAUAUCCGAGUUUCCAGGAUGUUCACGUGAUGAUCUUUGUCGGCUUCGGUUUCCUGAUGACCUUCCUGAAGCGGUACAGCUUCGGUGGGGUGGGCUUCAACUUCCUCAUCUCGGCCUUCGGCAUCCAGUGGGCGCUGCUGAUGCAGGGCUGGUUUCACUCCUUGGACUACACUGAUGGAAAGAUCAAAAUUGGAAUAGAAAACCUGAUAAAUGCUGACUUUUGUGUGGCGAGUUGCUUAAUUGCCUACGGGGCCGUGCUGGGCAAAGUCAGUCCAGUCCAGCUGAUGGUUAUGACUCUGUUUGGGGUCACGCUGUACGCUGUGGAGGAAUACAUUAUCCUCAAUCUCAUCCACGCAAAGGAUGCUGGCGGCUCCAUGGUGAUCCACGCAUUCGGAGCUUAUUACGGUCUCUUCAUUUCAUGGAUGCUAUAUCGGCCCAAUCUGCACCAGAGCAGCCGCCUGCAGGGGUCUCUCUACCACUCGGAUGUCUUUACGGUGAUCGGCACCCUCUUCCUGUGGAUGUUCUGGCCCAGCUUCAACUCGGCCAUAGCAAACCAUGGGGACGGGCAGCUCAGGGCUGUGAUCAACACCUACCUGUCUCUGGGUGCGUCUGUUCUCACCACUGUGGCCAUAUCAAGCCUCUACAACAAGCAUGGGAAGCUUGACAUGGUUCACAUCCAGAACGCCACUCUGGCCGGGGGCGUUGCCGUGGGAACGGCAGCAGAGUUCAUGCUGAUGCCCUACGGAUCUGUGAUCGUGGGCUCCUGCUGUGGCAUCAUCUCCACACUGGGAUACAUCCACGUCACGCCAUUCUUGGAAAAACGCUUGAAGAUCCACGACACGUGUGGGGUCCAUAACCUUCACGGCAUGCCGGCAGUCGUAGGAGGCAUUGUGGGAGCUGUAACUGCUGCGUGUGCAACAACCGCAGCCUAUGGCACCGAAGGGUUGGUGGAGACCUUUGACUUCACAGGGGACUUUAAAGACAUGACCCCCUCACAGCAGGGAGGACACCAGGCUGCAGGGCUCUGUGUGGCUCUCUGCUUCGGCGUAGGUGGAGGCAUCCUUGUCGGUGGCAUAUUAAGGCUACCUAUUUGGGGAGAUCCUGCAGAUGACAACUGUUUCAAUGAUGACGUCUACUGGGAGGUACCAGAUGAAGAAGAAGAAAACAUCCCUCCCAUCAUACAGUACAACAGCCACAUGCAAAAUAAAGAUGUGGUAGAGUCCGAUUUCACCUUGGAGCAUCGCGAUCUCAAAGCCUGAAGCAGACGUGUCUGCUGUGCCUGUUUUACUGUAGGUUCAAACAGACCUACCUGUGUAUUAUGACCUGUUCUGUUAAAGGUAUUCAGUUUCUGUUUAAAUUAACAAAGAUACAAGUUCAGGGAUUUAUGUUAUUAUUAUAUAGAUUAAGGGAACUUCUAGUGGCAUGAUUUCAAUCCUCAACACUGUGACUGUAAUUCAAAGGUCAUAUAUUUAAAUAUUUAAACAUAAUGUGUAUUACAUUUGCUUGAGAUGGAUUUUUCUUAUGUUUGUUCGUAUGUGCAGUGUAACAAAUGGCAAGUAAACGUUACAUAAACGUUUAGCAGGUUUUUAUUCACACGUUUUUCUUUUUUUUUUGCCCGGUUACAUUAUGAAUUGUUGCUAUUAGACGUGUUAAAAUAUAUCAAAUUUAAACGUGUCGUUUCUCUACAACAGCAGGAUAUUUAAUAAAAUCAUUGGCAGAGUGUCUUUACAUAAAAAUGCUGUAUGAGAAGGGGAAAAAGCCAGCAGAAAAGGAAAUCUUUAAUUUUUUUAUUUGUGUUUAGCCAUGUCCUGUGUGAUCUGGAGCCUCUUUUCUGUCCAUUAUGUCAUUUAAAUGUUGUUUUUCGUCAAAUGUCUUAAUUUAUAUAUUACUUCAACACUUUGAUGAAACCUUCAAGCUGAAAGUGGGGUUGAAAAGAGCAUUUAAAAAAUUAAACAAAUAUUAAUAAAUGGUGUUAUAUCAAU